CAACGAAAGCAUGACACAUGAAAAAAAAAAAAACCUGAUAAACUGCCCUUUGUCAAAGUUAAAAGCUUUGGUGUUCAAAAAUACCACUAAGAAAAGGAGAAUAGCUCAUAACCUCGGGGCUGCACGCGGGUAGGUAGACUAGAGGAAGGGGAGCAAAGCGUGCCGGUGUCUUUUUUUUUUCCUUCCCAGUGCAGUGCGUGAGUCUGCGGGUAGCCGGAGGUGCGGAGCGUGGGGCCUGGCUCGGCCUCCCGGGCGCGCGUGUGACUGCGGCGGGUGCCCUUCUCCUGCACCUCCACGAGUUGGAGGAAUGCAACGGGCGUGCUCCCGGGUUGCCGGGGAUGCAAGCUCGUGCUCGCCGCUUCAGCGGUCGCCCGUCACGCAAGCACUCCAGUCCCCUGGGAGUUGGUUUCGCGCCUCGGUGCGCCCCUCCUCACCCGGCCCCUCCCACCGACCUCCGCUCCCGCUCUCUCCUGGUAGCGAGUCUGCUUCAUCCCUGGGGUCCCUGCUUGGGGGCAGAGAAGAUGGCUGGCAUACGUCUGCUGUUGGGGGGCGACUUCCUGUCGCCGCCGCCGCCCCCGCCCCCGCCCGAGCCAGUGCUGGAGCAGUGGCGCUAUAGCCACGAAAGUGACCGGCAGUGGGCUCUGCGGCGCAGCUUCAUCUGUCGACACCUGCACAGCUAUCCCGGCGCUGCCCUAGACCAGCUCCUCGCGCUCUCCGCUGCCUGGACCAACCACGUUUUCCUGGGCUGCAGGUACAGCCCACGCUUGAUGGAAAAAAUUCUCCAAAUGGCUGAAGGUAUGGAUAUGGGGGAGAUGCCUUCAUAUGAUCUGAUGCUGUCCAAACCUUCCAAAGGUCAAAAACGUCACCUCUCAACAUGUGAUGGUCAAAAUCCUCCUGAAAAGCAAGCCGGUUCCAAAUUCCAUGUGAGACCUCGUUUUGAGCCUGUACAUUUUGUAGCUAGUAGUUCAAAAGAUGAAAGACAGGAAGAUCCUUAUGGCCCUCCAGCAAAAGAGGUAAAUGAACAAACACAUUUUGCCAGCAUGCCAAGAGACAUCUACCAAGAUUAUACUCAGAACUCUUUCAGUAUACAAGGUGGAAAUUCUCAGUAUUGUGAUUCAUCAGGAUUUAUUUUCACAAAAGACCAGCCUGCAACAGCCAACAUGUAUUUUGACAGUGGGAACCCUGCCCCCAGCAGCACAUCACAGCAGGCAAACUGCCAGUCAGCUCCUGAGCCUUCACCGUCACAGACAUUUCCUGAGUCAGUGGUAGCCGAGAAGCAGUAUUUUAUUGAAAAAUUAACAGCAACUAUCUGGAAGAACGUUUCUAGUCCAGAGAUGACUUCUGGAUCUGAUAAAAUUAAUUACACAUAUAUGUUAACUCGUUGUAUUCAGGCAUGUAAGACAAAUCCUGAAUAUAUAUACACUCCUUUAAAAGAAAUCCCUCCUGCUGACAUCCCCCCAAAUAAAAAACUUCUAACAGAUGGUUAUGCUUGUGAAGUUAGAUGCCAAAAUAUCUACUUAACUACAGGUUAUGCUAGCAGCAAGAAUGGUUCCAGGGAUCGAGCUACUGAGCUAGCUGUAAAACUCUUGCAGAAACGUAUUGAAGUUAGGGUUGUCCGACGGAAAUUCAAGCACACGAUUGGAGAGGACCUUGUGGUGUGUCAGAUUGGCAUGCCUUCAUAUGAAUUCCCUCCAGCUCUGAAACGACCAGAAGAGCUGGUGGUGCUGGCUAAAGAGGCUUCUGGACAGCCAAUUUUUAAUGCUUCUGCCAAACACUGGACCAAUUUUAUCCUUAUAGAAAAUGCAAAUGAUGCAAUUGGUAUCCUUAACAAUUCUGCCUCAUACAACAAAAUGUCUGUUGAAUACAAAUAUGAGAUGAUGCCAAAUUGUACAUGGCGUUGUCGAGUGUUUUUGCAAGAUCACUGCUUAGCUGAAGGUUAUGGAACCAAAAAAACAAGUAAACAUGCAGCUGCUGCUGAGGCUUUGAAAAUCCUUCAGAAAACACAACCCACUUACCCAUCUGUCAAAAGUUCACAAUGCCAAACAGGCUCUUCACCCAGGGGAUCUGGGAAGAAGAAAGAUAUAAAGGAUCUCGUAGUUUAUGAGAAUUCUUCAAAUCCUGUGUGCACGCUGAACGACACAGCUCAGUUUAAUCGAAUGACAGUUGAAUAUGUCUAUGAAAGAAUGACAGGACUCCGAUGGAAAUGCAAGGUGAUUCUAGAGAGUGAAGUCAUUGCAGAAGCAGUUGGAGUGAAGAAAACUGUCAAAUAUGAAGCUGCUGGGGAAGCUGUGAAAACCCUCAAAAAGACCCAGCCGACUGUCAUUAACAACUUGAAGAAAGGAUCUAUUGAAGAUGUGAUUUCAAGAAAUGAAAUUCAGGGUCGCUCAGCAGAGGAGGCUUACAAACAACAAAUCAAAGAAGAUAACAUUGGAAAUCAGCUGCUGAGAAAGAUGGGUUGGACGGGUGGUGUUUUAGGUAAAUCUGGUGAGGGCAUUCGGGAGCCAAUCUCUGUCAAAGAGCGUCAUAAGCGGGCAGGGCUUGGUCUUGAUGUAGGGAGGGUAAAUAAAAUUGCCAAGGGAGAUAUUGAACAGAUCAUCAGAAACUACGCCCUCUCGGAGAGCCACACGGAUUUAACCUUCUCUACAGAGCUGACUAAUGAUGAGCGGAAGCAAAUACAUCAGAUUGCGCAGAAGUAUGGUCUUAAGAGUAAGUCUCAUGCGGUGGCCCAUGAUAGGUACCUGGUGGUAGGCAGAAAAAGACGGAAGGAGGAUUUACUAGACCAGCUCAAACAGGAAGGCCAAGUGGGGCGUUACGAGCUUGUGAUGCCUCAAGCGAAUUGAGAUCUUACUAAUUUAUUUCGUAAAUGCCUAAUGAGGCAGAUUCGUGGAUUAAAGAAAUGCUGCAUGUUCUGGUUGCAGAGUAUAUUCAUUAAGAUGUUUCACCUUGUUCAUUUCAUAGAGUGCUUUAUUAGAUAUUGGAACUUGAAGAAUUCUGUCCACUUGUAUUAGCUUAAUCCAGCAGAUAAUAUCGUGCGGUUACUGUUUGUGUCUUUGAUAUUGCUGUGUCCCUCAGAUUUUCGUAGUUUGUACAAAGUAAGAACACAUAUCCAAAUGGAAUUUCACCCCAAGAAAGAAAUUCCCAUUUUAAAGGGCAUAGCACAGCAAUUUGCAACAAUAUGUAAAGUUGAUAUUGACUACAAUAAAACUACAGUCUUAAUUCCAGACUUAACUGAAGAUGUCAGGUCAUUUUGUAUUAUCUAUUUUCAUCUUUAUGUGAAGCCAGUUAUAGAAGGUUUAAUAGUAAAUUGUGCUGUACGUGUAAAUGUCCUUACCAACUAAAUGAUGUAAAACUUUGUUAAAGUAAUUUUAGUGUUCAUUUAUUUAUAACUUCUACCAUGUGGUUUCCAGAAUAUUGGAAGUGAUAUACUGUAUCUUGUGAUAUAUGAGUGUUAACAAAUUCUAGUCUUCAUGCUGAGAGAGCACUACUUGAGAGAGCAAUUGAAAAGUUCCCAAAACUUUGAUUCAGUCUGAAGAAAGGAAGCUGGAACUGUCUGUUCUUGGUGCCUUGCAGAGAGACUCGCAGCAACUCUCCGCCAUAGCUUUCACAUGAUUUGGGUGUAUAGCACAUCCAAGGUGGCCACAGCUGUGGUGGAGCUUGGUAAAAGACUGAAGAUACAUUGGUGCUUUGAUGAAAAGGUUAGCGGGCUGGUCCCUCUCUCAAAAAGCUUAUUUAACCCCCAAAGCCAACUUUGUAACCUAUUUAAAACUGCUAUUUUCGCUUAUUUCUGGAAUGUAAAAAAAACUGUAUAAAAAGGAUUAGUGUAUGCUUCCUGAAUAAAAAGGAGCCAAAGUUGAUCAAAAAAAAAAAAAAAAAAGAGAAUACAAGGCACAGACUGGGAGAAAACACGUGCAAAUCAGAUACCUGAUAAAGGAUGUAUCUAGAAUAUAUGAUGAACAUGUACAACUCAAUAAGAAGAUAAAAGGAAGCCCAAUAUUUUAAAUGGACAAAAGAUUUGAAUAGAUAUUUCACCAGAAGAUAUACGAAUAGCUAAUAAGCACACAAAAAGAUGCUCAGUAUCAUUAGUCAUCAGGGAAAUGCAAAUUAAAACCACAAUGACAGGGGUUCCCUGGUGGCGCAGUGGUUAAGAAUCUGCCUGCCAAUGCAGGGGACAUGGGUUUGAGCCGUGGUCCAGGAAGAUCCCACAUGCCACGGAGCAACUAAGCCCAUGAGCCACAACUACUGAGCCUGCGCUCUAGAGCCCAUGCUCCGCAACAAGAGAAGCCACCGCAAUGAGAAGCCCGCGCACUGCAACGAUGAGUAGCCCCCACUCACCGCGACUACAGAAAAGCCCGCAUGCAGGAACAAAGACCCAACGCAGCCAAAAAUAAUUAAUUAAAACAAAAAAACACAGUGUCAUACUAAUACCCAGUGGAAUAACUUUAAGCAAAAGACAAAUACAAGUGUUGGUGAGAAUGUAGAGAAACUGGAACUCUCAUGCACUGUUUACAGAAAUUAAAAUGGAGCAACCACUUAGAAAAGAGUUAAGCAGUUUCUUUAAAAGUUAAUCACAAAGUUACUAUAUGACCCAGCAAUUCUAUCCCUAGGAAUCUACCCCAGAGAAAUGAAAGCAUUUAUGUCCACACAAAGACAUAUAUGGACAGGCUCUUUGGUGGGGCUAAUGGCAGACUCCGGGAGGGCUCACGCCAAGGAGCACUUCCCAGAACUUCUGCUGCCAGUGCCCUUGUCCCUGCGGUGAGCCACAGCCACUCCCCACCUCUGCAGGAGACCCUCCAUCACUAGCAGCAGAACCAAAUGAGAUACGAGUAGGAAUGCCAUCCCUCAGAGUUCCCAGAGACACCCUGGAGCUUCAUCCGGACUAAUUUCCUUCCGCGGACAGGCCAUAGAACUCGCAAAGAAAGAGCGUCCUCCAGGCCUGCACUCAGGGCAACUCUGUUUCUGUAGCAUUAAAAGUGUUCUGUUACUGAGAAAAUACCCCCAAGCAGAAGAUACUUACACGUCGCCACGCACGGCACUUGGGGUAGGUCCACUGUGAAGGUACCCGGGUUUUCGGGCAUGGAUUUGUGCUAGAAAAGCCUUUUCAGAGAUCUCUAACAUAAGUUACGGGUCCUUCUGCAAUGAGCAGACAAAUGAGAGGGAACCAGGGACUCACCGGAAUUCAACUCUUUCACGAGAGAGGACAUGGUGUUAGUGACAGAAUCCGCUGCUACUAGAGAAAAUGCCCUGUAAUGGACCUUCCUUUUUCCCUCAGAACAGAGAGUACAUCAUUCUCUCCCUUCAAAAUGUAAGCUUUUAUCCCCUAUAAACAGUGGAUGAGAGCAUCUUUUUCCUCAGUCUCCCUGGAUAUUACUGAUGUUAGACAACUUUUUUUCGAAUCUGCUAGGCAAAAGAUCUACAUGUGAGGACCUGGAAGGAUGUUCGUGAUAUAUCGCUAAUUCAAGGAAGACGCAAAUCGCAGACCAAAAUGCAAUGCAUGAUCGAAUUUGUGUGAAAAGAGUAUGUGUCCAUAAAAGCACCCUUAAACAUUAAAAAAAAAAGAGAGAGACAAAUAUGUACAUGAAUGCUCACAGCAGCGUUACUCACAAUAGCCCAAACUGGAAACAAUCCAAAUGUCCAUCAGCUGGUGAAUGGGUAAAUGAAAUAUACAUCUAUAAAAUGGAGUACUAUUCAGCAAUUAAAAUGAAUGAACUGAUACCCGCUAGGACACAGAGGAACCUCAAAAAGAAUACGCUAAGUGAAAGAAGCCAGAUGCAAGUGUCAUACUGUAUCAUUCCAUUUACAUGAAAUGUCUAGGAAAAGCAAAGUCAGAGAAAAGUCAGAAGCAGAUCAGUAGUUGCCUAGACCUGGAGGUGGGAAGGGGAUUAACCAUACUAGGCAUGAGGGAACUUUUCAGAAUGAUGAAAAUGUUCUAGAAUUGGACUGUGAUGAUGUUUGCACAGCUUUGUAAAUUUACUAAAAUCACUGAAUUGUCGAAUUACAAAGUGAGCUUUAUGGCAUUUAUUCCUCAGUAGAGCUGUUUAAAAUGUGUUUCUAUAUACCUGCAACAAACCAUCAGAAACUGAAAAUGUUUACAUUUUUGAAAAUACCAUUUACAAUAGCAUGAAGAAAUAUUUCAGAGUAAAUCUGACAAAAUAUGUGCAAGAAUUUGUAUACUGUAUACUGAAAGCUGUUACUCAAAACAAUAUUUUUUUGAAAAAAGUUAAAGAAGACCUAAAUAAAUGGGGAGCUAGUCCAUGCCCGUAGAUUGGAAGAAUCAAUACUUUGAAAUGGCGGUCCUCUCCGAACUGAUCUAUGCAUUAGGUAAAGCUCUAAGGAAUGAUUUUGUGGCAUGGAUUUCUCUCUUUUUUUAAGCGUCUACGUGCUUAUAGUUUGGCAAUUUCACUCUCAGAACUCUAUCCACUCAGAACGCUGGACAGCCGGGCAAAGACGUGUUCACGAAUGUCCCCUGUCGCAGUGUUUAUAAAAACCACCCCCAACUAGCC